UUCAUGAGGUAUUCUACAGGUGUUUUAUAUUCCAUUCUCUGCCGUUAGAAUUGAAUCUACAGUUGAUCAAAAUUUCCUUUAACAAAAGUCUCCAUAAAAGUCCCAUUUCUAAAUCAAGGAUAAUGACAACAUAAAAUCUGAAAUCUUUGUGAGUAAUAUUUUGCCUGCUUUCACAGAUUUUGAUCCAGAGAUACCUCGAGUCAAUCAUCAGUAUUACGUCGGAGAUGGGAUGAUCUUGGUGCAGUACAAUGACAAACAGAGCCCACUGACAACCAAUCAAAAACAUGGAUUCAAAACAGGUCUGAAAAUGAUCUCAAAUCCUUUACCAAUCUGAGACUCAAACUUCAGUGAAAGGAGUACAAUUAUAUAUAGUGCAUCAAUUCAUUCAAAGAGCUGAUUUAACCAAGACACACAAGAUUUAACCAAAAGACACAAGAGAAACUUGAAAUCCAAGACAGCUGAGCAAAAUGGCAACCCAGACUGGGGUAGUGUUACCUCAGAUUCGUCGCUCACAUCACAAGAACCAGUUCGAAGUCGUUGAGCAAGAAUAUGAUGCGAUUCGAGUUCAGAGUCCACGUCGUAAGAUAGUCACAACUUACGAUGAUGGAAGAUCGGUUGUGACUCCAAAGUCUGGCAGGAUAAUGGCUUUAGAGGAUAAAGUGGCCAAAGCCUUGGAGCAGCAGACACAGGUCCUAUCUCAACAAGAACAAGUGGCAAAGGCGUUAAGUGACCAGCAGAGGAUGACUGAAGGACUUAUACAGAAGGCCUUCGAUAACCGCGAGGACUUCAUCGAAAACCUCAGUCGGGUACAGAAUGACAGACUGGAGGAAAAUACCAGACAUCUACUUCAAAACCACAUCAGUUACAUCACGGCAAUUGUGUCUCGCCUGAACAAGGAUAUUUCUACUCUGGAGGAUGAAAUACGUAACCGAGACAUGGCAGUUAUAGGGACAAAUUCUGCUGUUGGCAAAAUUGAAGUUCAUCAGGUGACCAGUUUGCAGGAUUUACGCAGCCGAAUAGUUCGUUGCGACCAGGCCCUAUCAAAACAUACAGCAGAUAUAGGCAACUGUCGCAGUGAAAUAAAUGUUGCUGUAAGAGAACAACAGACAAUGAAAGAAAGCCUAAAGGAACACAUUCACCGGGUGGAAGCAGAGAUGUUGUCAAUGAUGGGAGAACUGGAGAGAAUACAUGGAGAACAGAACUCAGAGCUGAACCACAUGAAGAAGGACACAAAUCGAGAGUUGGCCCUGGUGGGGGAGAGGAACAGUGCCAUAAUGAGUGAUGUCAAAGCCACCCUGUCCGCCUACAAGCUGUCCAUUGAAAAUGAUCGGGACAGGUUUGAGGAGAGGGUCAUGUCACUAUUGGACAGAGCCACGGGGAACUGGACAAGUCUUCUGGAAAAGGUGGAUAAGCGGAUUGAGGACAAUGUUUAUAGUCUUGAGGUCCGCAUGCAAAAGUUGGAGGAAGCCUUGGCCUAUGACAGAAAAAUUAUCUCAGAUCUCCAGGCAAAGGUAGAAACUCGAAUCCUACAACGACUUGAAACCCAUACCCGACACCAUCAGGAAGAACUGGCAAAAGCAAAGCGUGAAUUUCGAGAAGGCUUUACAUCUGUUCAUGACAGUAUAUCAAAUGCAAAGAAAGUGCUAGAGGGAAAAUCUAAGCUACUGGAAGAUAAACUUAAGAAAGAUAUCAAUCAAGUCAGAAAACUGGUCGUGCUGGCUUGAUAUUAUGUCAUUUGGGGAUUUCAUACUUGCCGUCUUUACAUAAUGUAAAUAAAUUCAAUUCUGGUAGUGAUAAACUUUCCUAUUUAUUUAUUUACUCAAAAAGCACCAUACUGUUAGUACAUUCUUCAAGUUUGUUCAUUAUGAUUUAUAUAUAAUAUAUAUAUUAUCUGUUGAAUUUAAAAUAAAAUUCAUAUCUAUUUAA